GUCAAGUCGUCCAUCGGCAGCGACAUUUGUAGACACAAAACACAGACAUAAUAAAUGCCUAUGGGAACCCAGCAGAAGGAAGCACAGAUGAUCACUACGACGGCGGCGGCACCGUCUUUUGGCAGUGGCAGCAACCGUAUAGCGGCGGAGACAAUGACGCCUCCGGCCACCGCCGCCAAGAAAAUUGAAAAACCUGGGUGGAGAAAGUUUCUGUCACAUGUCGGCCCUGGAUUCCUCGUCUCAUUGGCUUACCUUGAUCCUGGCAACUUGGAAACUGACCUGCAAGCUGGUGCUAGCCACGGAUACGAGCUUCUAUGGGUCGUGCUUAUCGGAUUAAUAUUUGCACUCAUAAUCCAAUCGCUGGCUGCAAAUCUCGGCGUAAGCACCGGAAAACACCUUUCAGAAGUCUGCAAGGCCGAGUACCCAAAAAUUGUGAAGUACUGCCUUUGGCUGCUGGCUGAAGUUGCUGUAAUAGCCGCCGAUAUUCCAGAAGUGGUAGGAACGGCCUUUGCCCUGAAUAUACUAUUCCAUAUCCCAGUUUGGGCUGGAGUUCUCCUCACUGGUUUAAGCACCCUCUUGCUCCUUGGACUCCAGAGAUAUGGGGCGAGGAAGCUAGAACUGCUGAUAGCAAUUCUAGUGUUCGUAAUGGCGGCGUGCUUCUUCGGGGAAAUGAGCUACGUGAAGCCACCGGCGAGCGGCGUUUUGAAAGGAAUGUUCGUCCCCAAGCUCAACGGCCAGGGAGCCACCGGCGACGCCAUCGCUCUCCUCGGCGCCCUCGUUAUGCCGCACAACCUCUUUCUUCACUCCGCUCUCGUGCUCUCCAGGAAAGUGCCCAAUUCCGUCCGUGGCAUCAAUGAUGCGUGCAGAUACUUUCUGAUAGAGAGCGGAUUUGCUCUGUUCGUAGCAUUUUUAAUAAACGUGGCCGUCGUUUCAGUUUCCGGCACCGUCUGUACCGUCGGAAACGUCUCUCCGGCCACCGCCGAUCAGUGCGGCGAUAUAACCCUCAACUCCGCCUCCUUCCUCCUCCAGAACGUUUUGGGGAAAUCGAGCUCCACAAUCUACGCUAUUGCGUUGCUUGCCUCUGGACAGAGCUCCAGCAUCACCGGCACUUAUGCCGGGCAGUUCAUUAUGCAGGGGUUUUUGGACCUGAAAAUGAAGACGUGGGCGAGAAAUCUUAUGACGAGGUCCAUUGCGAUUGCGCCCAGUCUCGUCGUCUCCAUCAUUGGUGGAUCUCAAGGCGCUGGACGUCUCAUCAUCAUCGCGUCGAUGAUUCUUUCCUUCGAGCUUCCAUUUGCUCUAAUUCCGCUUCUCAAAUUCAGUAGCAGCACGACCAAGAUGGGCCCCCACAAGAAUUCCAUAUACAUCAUUGUAAUUUCGUGGAUAUUGGGCCUGGCAAUCAUCGGCAUAAACAUCUACUAUCUGAGCACGGCCUUCGUGGGCUGGCUAAUCCACAGCGAUCUACCAAAAGUUGCAAACGUAUUAAUAGGGAUCGUGGUUUUUCCACUGAUGGCCGUGUAUAUUCUUGCUGUUAUAUACCUAACGUUUCGAAAAGACAGGGUUGUGACUUACAUAGAGCCCGAAAAGCACGAUCCCAUGGCCCAGGCCCAUAUGGAAAGUGGGCUCAGUAAUUCUUUCGGGCCUGGUGACGUUGCCCCGGUUCCUUUCAGAGAGGAUUUGGCCCAUAUUCCUCUUCCAGAAUAAAAGUCUUGCCAUUGUCCAGCCCAAAAGGGUUUUUGCAAGCUAAGUGGGCUUAUUGUCCACUCCAGCACAAUGGGCUUUAUUACCACCAUGGCCCACUAUGUUUCUCUGUUUUGCUUCUGCUCGCUUGGUUGCGGGCUAUCUGUAAAAUUUUUACUCGUGUCAUUGCCAUGUAAUCACAGAAUCUUUUAGUAAUGUAUACGUUUUUUAGUUAAA